AUCUCAUCAAACCGAAAAUCGAUGUUGCUUGUGCAGUUAAGGAUCAGCCGGAGGGAGAUAACCCUCAGCAUAUGAAGAAUGUCGAGAUUACGAUUAUUGUAAGCUUGAAUCAAGAAAUCUCUUUUUUUGGUUGUUCGAGUACAUCAGGCAGUUCCCAAAAAGACAACCAUCCCAAAAAGAUGCCACUGGUUUUUUUUAAUGCUUGGGUAUACGCUGUUCUAUACUAUGAAGCCACAACCUUGAAGUAUGCCAAACUCUCUGUAGAGUAGUAAUACAGGGAGAAGUGGCGGUGCGAUGAUGGUUCUAAAAAAUAUUCAUACCACGUUUUUUUGGAGUCAUAUUGCUCAAAACAUUCAUAGCCCUAUUUAUUUUUGAAUCAUAAUUCUUUUAAGCCUUUGUACAUAAGUAUCUUCUUCGCCAAGCUUAUUUUAUUAGAAUCAAACUUUAUUGGAAACGCCUUGCAACUCUUCAACAUUUCAGUAAUCGGCUACCGUUACAUCAGCAUCUUAGAUACACAUUACAUAGUCUCCUAUAUCAACGCCUUUAUCUCCACGUCCUCAAAGAUACUUCAAAAAGCUGACAGAGCUAUAUUUUUGUCAAACUCUCUUGACAUAUCUAUAAAAACUCUUCAAUUUCAGGCAAAGUUGCAAUGGCUGUAUCAGAAGUCGGGUUAGUAUCCGAAAAAUACAUGAUGCUAUUGAAGGAUUCUGUACCUGAUGAAGACCCAGCCAUUCCCCUGACAACGACAUCUUGGCUUUCCACGCAUCCUCCUCGCAUGGGAAACCCCCCCCUGCCCGCUCUUGCCGUAGAAGUUUUAUGGUAUGGCUAUGAGAAGAAGUUAAAUGAAUUUCUUAACAUUCCAUAUUCUCCAUUCAUCAUAAGGCUCCAACAAUUAUCCGCAUCGAUUGGCGACAACAAUAUCUACAAAGCGCCACCUAUUCCUAAGAUUUUCCCGAAUCCGUUGACCGGAAAAGACUUACAGGAUGCAAAGCACAGGAUGAUUGCGCAGCUGAUCAAAUACCAAAUAAUGGAAUUUGAGACUGUCUAUGGAAAUCACGACAAGGCCAUAUUGCCACGCCGGCUUGAGGAGCUGGAUUGGUCCAACGAAUUAUUCAGCAAUGCUCUCAUUGACUUUUACGGUUCUCGAAACGAUCAAAUAGAAUUGAACACCUUUAGAGUCAGAGCCUGGCAAGCUGGAGCUCGUUGGAGGCACGCAGAAUCAGAUUUUGUGCUAGAAACAUAGGGUUUCCCACUUUUCGAUUGCUUUCGAAUUCCUGCUUGAUGGCACCAUUAACUCCUCGAUGUUGACACUGGGUCUUUGUUAUACAUACGUUAUAUUUUAUCCCAAUGAGUAAGACAUGACUUGACUUAUGUCACAGUCUGUGAUCCAAAUUGUACGAGAAAACCUCUACUCCACCCAUCUCUUUAAAUAUCUUUCACAAGUACCUUAGCACCUUUGAUCAAAAAUAUACUCUCAAACAACACAUCUCUGUAAUUGCAAUCAUGUUCCAUAUAGCAAUACAGAGUCUAAAUACUUUAUGCACACGUCUAUCGCCUCCACCUCUCAAUGAUAAGCUCGAAUACAUACAAUUAUCCUCGGGAAAUACGCGCCCCCCACUCGCCGUUACAUCGAGAAUGCUGCGAAGACGGUUAUUAGCACGGAACGGAUUGGUCAAAGGGUAUUGGGAGAUAUGAAGAUCGUGAAGGAGGGAAAUGAUGACAGGCAAAGGAGAGCCAACUGUCUAACGAGUUUGUUCUUUUGUUUUAUGAAGUAGAAAUAUGUGAUAGGAACUUACGCUAGUUUUGAUGGUUUGGUCAAGACAUUGUUGUGCCCAGGAUCUUGCAUCCAUGGCCUUGUCGGCGGAGAAGGAAUAGUUACCUGUGUGGCAUAUACAAAUCAAGAUAUUAAAACUCGAGACGUUAACUUUCUAUAUCUU